AUGGCAGGAAUAUGGAAGUCACCGGGAGGAGGUGCUAAGCAUUUCAUAGCUGGCCAAGAUUCUGAAUUUGUUCUUAAAUGGCAAAAGUCAAAAAAGUUGGUAAUCGAAAAGGACAACACAGAUGAGUAUUUAUCAAAAUAUCUUAAAGCUAACGCAUGUGUCACGUCGAUCGUAGCUAUGAAUGGCUGCGAGAAUGAGUUUGUGUCGACCAGCAGCAAUGGCGAAGGCGUCCAUGCGGUUAAUUUUACCUUGCCCACUGAAACUAAUAUAAAUGAUGACCCAUCCUUAGUGCACUUAACGGAAGCAGUAGAAGCUGGAUUUAGUCUAGCAGACACUAAAAUUAGAAAUAUUGAAGAGAAACUCAAUGUUAAAAUAAGUGAUGUUCUUGACGAUCUGAACGAACUAAAGGCCCGGUCUGAGCCUGUCUCCGAGCAAUUAGUCAAUGUAUUGCUUAAAGAGAAUACUAAACUUAAGAAAGAUAACGAUGUGCUAUCUGGGAGACUCAAUAAUUUGUUGCUGUUAUAUCGGAUCUUAACACCCGUAUUAAGGACAUUGAAAACGAGAAAUUUAGUUUGA